CGAGUUCCUACAUGUAUGCAUACUAGUAAAUUUAUGCGUGAAUAAACAAAAAAAAAUGGAGGCUGACGAGCUACGGAUGAAGGUACGCACCAUCGGAAGACCUCCGACAGGAAUAAACGCAAAGGUGGUCAAUGAGGAGUACAAGGUAUGGAAGAAAAACGCACCAUUUCUCUACGAUCUCGUUCUAACUCAUGCGCUCGAGUGGCCUUCCUUAACCGUGCAAUGGAUCCCAGACACCCCCCCGUGAGUAGUCUGCCUUAUCUUGUAUCGUCGUGCAACUAAUUUUUGUGCAGCAAUAUGUCGACAAGUCUGCCUAACAAAUUGGUGCUGGGCACGCAUACAUCACUUGGUGAACCAAAUUAUUUGAUGAUAGCAUCUGUUAGAUUGCCUCACUACGGUGACCCCGGGACAGAAGAGCUGAAUGCCAAAGGUGCUUGAAGUCACGUCUGAUUGGUACUGACCUCUUGCAAAGGUGACACGCACGGCAAGAUGGAAAUCAACAUUAAGAUUAAUCACGAAGGGGAGAUAAAUCGGUGCGCAUUUUCAUCAGAGGAGUAGACAACUAUUUCAAAAAUCCUUCGUAGUGCUAGAUACAUGCCUCAAAAUCCGUUCAUCUUAGCGACAAAGUCACCAUCCUCUGAUGUUUUUGUGUUCGAUAUAUCUAAGCAUCCAUCCUUACCCAGAGACAGAAACUUCUGUCCAGAGCAUCGAUGUCUGGGACAUACAAAGGAAGGCUAUGGCCUUUCAUGGAAUCCACAUGUCCUUGGUGAGCUCUUGAGUGGAUCCGAUGAUUGCAGCAUCUGUUUGUGGGAUAUAAACCAAACAAGUACAACCAACGUCCCCGCUCUUAACACCUGGAAAGGUCAUGGUGAUGUGGUUGAGGACGUGGCGUGGCACGCUUACAGUCCGCACCUAUUUAGCUCAGUAGGCGAUGACAGGCAGAUACUGAUGUGGGAUACACGAAAGAAAGGCUCAGCUGACCCGUUCAUCAGAGUGAUAGAUGCGCAUCGUGCUGACAUUCAUUCCAUAAACUUCAAUCCGCAUCACGAGUUUGUAUUGGCAACUGGCUCAGCCGAUGAAUGUAUAAAAAUAUGGGACAUGCGGAAUACCUCCGGGGCUGUUCACAGGCUAGAUGGACACAGUCGAGAGGUAUUCCAGAUACAAUGGGCCCCUUUUGAUGCUUCAUUGCUCGCCUCUUGCGGAGCAGAUCGGCGUGUCCGAGUGUGGGACCUCACGAAAGUCGGAAUGCACCCAACGAUUUCGGUGGACAGUGAGUGCCCAGAAGAACUCUUAUUUAUUCACGGUGGACACAAUGACAAGGUUUCUGACAUAAGUUGGAAUCCAAUGCAAGAUUGGGUGGUGGCAUCCGUCUCAGAUGACAACAUUUUGCAAGUGUGGCAAAUGGUGCGUCCACGAUUACAGGGAGUCUACUGAUAUACCUUACCGUCGUCGCAGGGCAAAGAAAUACGAUCAGUUCAGUAGGGGCUGCCGUUGCUCUCAACGGAUAGCCUUAGUCCGACAUUUCAUGGGAGAUUUUGCGCUAUAUAUAUAUAUUCAUCAAGACCCGUCGGGUGUGAGAUGAACAGCAAUGGCACCGCAGUGGCAGGGCUCGAAAAGUUCAGCAAGGGAGCUCCGUAUUGUGAGUUUAAAAUGCUCCCGUAGUUCCCGCCCCCCCAACGUCAUGGGUAGACACGCCCGGGCCUAAUAUUUUCCCGUGCGAUUUCGGCGGUACCCACCGGUGGCCUGUAAUGAUCCCACGCGCCUUCUAACGCGCUUUUGACAUGAUCAUAGUGGCCCAAAGCGACGCCUCCCUCAGCGAUGCCAUGAUUGACCGUAUGUACUACUAGUCCGAAUUUGUGCCGCCAGCGCGUGUGGAGGUCCUAGGAAC